CAAACACACUAAGCAACAAUUAAAGCUUUCCAACAGAGAUUUAAUUUCUUCCUCUCCAUGGCGACGGUUUCCAAACACAACCACAAGACUCUCUCAACCGCUUCCAACCUAGCAAACCUGUUACCCACUGGCAACGUAUUGAUCUUCCAAGCUCUGUUACCUUCUUUCUCCAACAAUGGAAAUUGUUCGCUCGCCCAUAAGUACCUAACCUUGGGACUCAUUUUCAUUUGUUCUCUAGCCUGUUUCCUCCCAUCCUUCACUGACAGCUUCGUUCAUGAUGACGGGAAGCUCUACUACGGUAUUGCCACCAGCUACGACGUGCAGCACUGUUUCAUCCCCAAGGCGGGGCCAAAUGAGGAGGCACUGAUCGAUCACGAAUCUGCCUCUGGGAGCUGGGCUUUUGGGCAGUAUCCUGUUCAUGAUUUUUCUAGGAAACGAAGAGGGAUUGGGUAUGGAGAUAUGGCCAUAGGGAGUGGGACUACUGCUCAGGAAGAAAAGCAGCCAAAGGACAAGCCUAAGGAUUUUGUUUCUCUUGUUUGGAUCGAGGGAGGCUGUGUUUGGUUUAGGAAAGUUUUCCCUCUUUAUCAAUAAAAUUUUAAGCUAUCUUAGAUUGUGUUUGGGUUUGUUGGGAGCUACCUUGAACUUGAAGGUGGGUUGUGACUUGCACCAGGAGAAAGCACCAGGAAAAUGCAUUCGGAUUGCAGAACAAAGUCAGCAAAUUUCA